AUGCAUUUUUUCGACAUUUUUCUAUUGGCCAUCAGUGCCGUUUUCGUGGCGCAAGCAUGCCCUUCAUCACCAGGACGCUCCGAGCCAGGACCACCGGGACCGGAUGGGAGUGAUGGAGAAGGCGGACUACCAGGACCCCCAGGAGACCCUGGACCUCGAGGAGCAAAAGGACCGGCUGGAGAUCGAGGACUCCCAGGUUCACCAGGACUUCCCGGUCCACCGGGACUACGAGGACCACAAGGUCCCGAUGGACCCCCAGGCGCUCAGGGACCAAUGGGUGGGGGAGGAUAUGAAAAAUGCUCGACGUCAUUAUUUCAUUGCUUUUCGGUGACAUUCCGGAAUGUUCCGAAUGCAAUGGCUGUUGCCGAUUUUCCAUUAAUGUUUCCCAAAUUGUUUUUUAUUAUCUCUCGGGAUUGUGUCAAGAAUCGCAUGUUUACUGCGUCACAUUGA